UCUUCAUCCUUGUCUUCUUUUUCUCAAUCGUGGAAAUAUGAUGUUUUUCUCAGUUUUAGAGAAGACACUCGCAAGACCUUUGUGGAUCAUCUCUACUCGGCUCUUGUACAACAAGGAAUCCGUACCUUCUUGUUUGACCAAACACUUCUCCACAGUAAAGCCAUUGCUCCAUCCAUUUUCAAGGCUAUUGAAAAAUCAAAGAUUGCUGUCAUCGUAUUGUCCAAAAACUAUGCCCAGUCUUCCUUUUGUUUGAAUGAACUUUCACAUAUUUUGAAAUGCGAGCAUGAGAAAGGCCAAAUCGUUAUGCCCAUUUUCUAUCAAGUCGAUCCCUCUCAAGUCCGAACACAAUAUAAGGAUCAUGGAGAAGCACGUGCGUCUUGGAACAAACACGUUGAGUAUUGGAGAAAAGCAUUUAUGUAUGUAGGCAGCCUCUCUGGAUGGGAAACCAAGCACAUGGCCAAUGGAUACGAAGCCAAACAGAUACAAUUAAUUGUUGAUGCAAUUUCAUUUCAGUUGUUUUAUAACAAAGACCGGGUUGAAAUGGGAACUGAUCACUUCAAGAUUCCUCUACAAGACAAACACUUGCCAUCUUCAUCAUCUUCUUCUUCUCAAUCGCGGAAUCAUGAUGUUUUUUUGAGUUUUAAGGGAGAAGACACUCGCAAAACCUUUGUAGAUCAUCUCUAUUCGGCUCUUGCACGACAAACGAUCUACACUUACCAGGAUGAAGUACCACUUCCAAGAUUAGGUAAACCCAUCACACCAUCGCUUUCAAAAGCUAUUAAAGAAUCACAGAUUGUUGUCGUCGUAUUUUCUGAACAUUAUGCCGAUGAUCCUUGGUGCUUGAAUGAACUUGCAUAUAUUGUGAAAUGCAAGAAUGAGAGAGGCCAACUCGUUAUCCCCAUAUUCUAUCACAUUGAUCCCUCUCAAGUCAUAGAUCAAAACAGGAGAUAUGUACAAGGCCUUGCUAAACAUGAGUCGGAGAACAAAGACGUUGAAUACUGGAGAGAAGCACUUGCAGAUGUACGCAACCUGUCUGGAUUCAUCGCCAAUAACGGAGUACAUGAAGCAAAACUCGUAGAAGAAAUUGUUGAUAAAAUUUCGUAUGAACUGUUUUCUAAUAAAGACCGGGUUAAAAUGGGAACCGAUCACUUGAAGAUUCCUCUCGAAGACAUACUCUUGGCAACUAACGAAUUUGCUGAAGCAAACAUCAUCGCAAGGACUGGAUUUGGGAAGGUGUACAAAGGCCAAUCUAUACGACUUGGCAUCGUUGCCAUAAAGAAAUUGGAUCGUACGUACGGGCAAGGAGAUCGUGAAUUCAUGAUGGAGAUUGCAUUGCUUUCUAUGUGUAAGCAUGAAAACAUCGUCACUCUUGUCGGAUUCUGUGAUGAAGGUGGUGAGAAGAUCCUUGUUUACCGGUACGAACAAAAUGGGAGUCUUGACAGACUUUUACGUAGCAAAGAUCUGACCUGGAUGCAUCGUCUUCGGAUUUGCUUAGGCGCAGCCUUUGGGUUGAAGUACCUUCAUGAUGAUGUUGGACCUCAAUGCAGAGUUCUCCAUCGUGAUGUGAAGAGCGCAAACAUUCUACUGGAUGAGAAUUGGAAGCCCAAAAUUUCAGAUUUCGGGUUGUCUAAGAUCGCUCUUUCAAACGUGCCGCUUUCGGCUCUUGUCUCCAAUCCUUGUGGCACCCAAGGAUACAUCGAUCCGCAAUACAUAGGACAUAGCACACUGACACAAAAAUCUGAUGUUUAUUCUUUUGGGGUUGUACUGUUGGAAGUGUUGUUUGGAAGGGCAGUGACGGUUGCUGAGCAUCCUGAUAAGAAUCAUUUCUCAGUCAAAAUGGCCAAAAGCCAUUAUGAAGAGAAAACGUUAGAGAAGAUCAUUGAUGCGGAUCUCAGAAAGCAAAUGAAGUCGGGUUCCUUGAGUACGUUUUCAGCCAUCGCUUAUAAAUGCUUAAAGGAACAUGGAGAAGAACGCCCAAGAAUGAUCCAGGUCAUAGAACAACUGGUGAAAGCUUUGGAGUAUCAGCAAGAUGUUUGAGCAGUAGCAGCAUAAGGCUUUAUCUUUAUAUAAACUCACACAUAACAACAUCAAUAGCUCAAAUCAUAAUUAUAUGUCUUAAAGAGUGAAUUACACCGUUCGUUUUAGUGUCAUAAAAAAGAAGACAGUGAUUUAUGCAAUAAAAGGUGAAAAGAUCAUACAUGGUGGAACAUGUCCACAUAAUGAUUAUGAAGCCAUGAAAUGCUGAUAGAGGAGCUUGAAUCACUUAUGAUCUCAAAUGUCUUGUCUUCUUCCUUAUCCCAAAAUUUUGAGAGGUAUGUUGUAUCUUUUGCCUUUUUUACUGAAUCA